AUGACCGACCUCACACCCACCCUCAAUGGCCUCAUCAUGGAAAGGGGCUCAACGCCCCGAAAACCUAGCACUGCAACAGCCGACGAGUUCCUCAAAGAAGCCUACAGAAUCAACGCACACAUAACAUCCCUCCUCAAAUACCUCCACUCAAUCCGCCACAGCUACCUCUCAACAACGCAGCGCCGCCCCCAAACCCAAACCCAAACCCAAACACAAAACGAAACAACCCCCAACCUAACAGACCCCGAGCGCGACGCGGUCGACACAUCUACAGCCCUCCUCCUUCGCGACCUAGCAACCUCAAUCGCCAACUUGUCUUCCGCAGAAUCCCUCCGCCAGGAAACCUCCACAACACUCCUCCGCAAGAAAUAUGGCCACUCCGCCGCCGGCGCGGCGCUGUACCGCUGGGCCGGCGGGAACAGCGAGGCAGCGAAAUCUGCUGAGCAAAUGCGGGCGGAGGAAUCGGCGCGGACGAUGGCUACGGUGCGCGAGGCGGUGUUGUGGUUCUUAAGGCGCGGGUUGGAGGGCGCGGUGGGUGUGCAGCGCGGAAUGGUGGAGAAGAGGAUUGAGAGGGUGAGGGAGAAGGAGAAGAGUGUGCUUUAUAAGGUUGCGGCGGGGAAGACGGCGAUGGCUUCGGCUUCAUCUGCAUCUGUGAGCAAGACGGAGAGACAGGGUUGGGGUGGAGGGGGGGCCGGGGUUGGCUUUGAGGCGCCUGGUGCGCAGGUCUUGAGCCAGGAUGAUACGGCGCGCAUCGAGGCGCAGCUGAGCCCGGAGCAGUUGCAGCUUUUUGCGGAGGAGAAUGAUUCUAUGCUUAGGCAUUAUGAGGAUACGCUGGGCAAGGUGCAGAAUGCCGAGAAAUCGCUGCUGGAGAUCUCGUCGUUGCAGGAGACUCUCGUUACGCAUCUUGCGACGCAGGAGGAGUAUAUCUCCCAGCUUGUCUCGGAUGUGGAUACGACGCAGACGAACGUCGGGCAGGGAAAUCGGGAGCUGAAGCGUGCUACGGAGCGCAGGAGUACGGCGCAGGCUGUGUUUUGGGGGACUGUUGGGUUGUGCACUUGGCUUGUGGCUUGGGAUUUGAUAUUUUAG